AUGCCUGUCAACUCCAAGAUAAUCGCACAGUGUGAAGACAACGCCGGAAUAGAUGCUCUCUGGACAUCGCUCGAGAAUAUAGACCCCAAAGACCCAAUUCCCCGACGAGUUGUAGAUGACGUGCGGAAGAUGUCGCCUCUUGGUCUAAUCUGCGUUGUCACCUGGUUUGGCAAUCAGCAUCUCGCCCUGCAGCUUUGCCACAUCCUCGCUCGAGCCUUGCCACCAGGUAUUGUGAAGCUAGUCGAGCACUUUCUCGGCCUGCCGUACGGAGCGUUGUACCUUCACUCUCCACGGAAUAUAUACCUUAUGCGACCGACUAUGCAUGCCGCAUUAGAUAGCGAUGCCGCCUUCUUAUGCCCCACACGAAAGGUGCUUGAGACAAUGCUGCACGCAGUACGCAACCACGGGCUCCCAAUGGGAGAGACGGUCGUACCCGCGGGCGUCGAGACAAACGAGAAGGGCUUCGUCAAGUAUACCUAUACCUUCCCCGACGGCGAUUACGAGUACCAAUACGCGCCCAUCAUGGGCCGCUCGAAGAACUCGUGGACGCCCUCGACUCGAAUCCUGCGGCGCACCCCUGAGGGUAUUCAUCAUCACAAGACGCCGUUUACCGGCGUCCACAGCAUGCCCUGGGUCAAGAUUCACAUCCACCCGUACUUUGCGGUCGUGCGCGGCCAUCGCGCUCUGUCUAGGACGCGCGACGGCCCUGUGACAACGCCUGCCCAUCUUGCUCGAGAGGUUGAGCUCAUUGGGCAGAUCGGCGCAGUCUUGGACGAGGUUUACCACUCUGAGUACGAGGAGGACGAUGAACCUGUGAAGUCGCCUGAGGUCGAUCCGGCGUCGAUUUUGCCCGAGAGACUCCGUCCUCGUCGUGGACCUCAUGCUACUGGUCCUGCUGGCCACUAAUUCUUGGUGUUCAGGUGUCCGUCGUCGGAUAUACGCUCUCUUCGGCCCCCUUUUGGUGCCUUGUAAGAUGACAGACUGUAUUAUGCAGUCUCGCAACGUAUAGAUACUGUGACAUAGACGUAGCUUAGACAAUAAUCAUAAUGUUCAGAAUCUAG